CCGAAGCCCAAACCCUAGCUCAGAUCCCCCAUCGCACCCCUCCUCCCUCAUCCCCAUCUCCUCGCCGCCGCCGCCACCUCCUCCCCGUCCUCUGCACCACUCCUCGUCGCCAACCUCGCCGCCGCCACCUCUUCCCCGUCCCCUGCACCACUCCCUGAUCCCUCCUCCGGCCCCAUCCCCGGCCAUCCCCGGCCAUCCGUCCCAGUCGCUGCUCUCUCUCGGUUCAGUGAGAUGGGAUCCACUCCCGCAGCCGCCGCUCCACCCUCACCGUCAACGACCCAUGCCGCCGCCGCACACCACCGCGCCCUCCCCUCACCUUGGCCCCAAGUCGGGCAGUGCGAGGCGGCGCUUCCAGACCGCGAUGGCCGCAACCUUGCCCACUCCGAUCUGGAUCCAUGGUGCACUCCUUCCUCCCUCUGGAUCGAUGGCCGCAGCCUCGCCGAUGGAUCCAGCGCCUGCCGGAGACGAGGGCUGCCAGAUCCGCGACCUGGGACGCUCCUCCUGUAGGAUACGGGAGCAGCACACCGCACCCUGCAGUCGUCGGUCCGGGACGAGCGCAGCAGCUCGAGGAAGCCGGCGACAAACGCCGGCGCUCCUCUGCUCCAUCGACCUGGACGGCUGCUACUCCGCCAAAGACGCCGCCUACAGGAGGUGCUCUACUCUUGCGCAUGUCUGGUGGCGUCUCCGGCGCAGUGGUACUUCUUGAGGUGACUGGCGUGACGGCGGCUGUGUAUGGCGGUGACCACAAGCUCUCCGGUCCGGCUUGUGGGGAUUGUCAGCGGCAAGGCAGAGCGGAACACGGACGUGUCCUUCACGCUCGACGACGGCACCGGCCGUAUCGACUUCAUCAGAUGCCUGGAGCAGAAGGUGAUUCCCUAAUGCAAGGUGGCUGACUAGGCGGUGCUCAUCAACGCCUACUGCCCCUCUCGCCCCCUAAAGCGCAACUACAUGUAUGCUUAUACUUCCAGCCAAACUCAACAACCUCAUCGACGGUCCGUGCUGCUGCCUCCCACAAGUGUUGAUGUAUGUAGAGAAGCUGGUGAGUUGAUGUGUAGCUUCAUUUGCCUAAUAUAAGUGUAAUCUAACUGCUCAGAGCUCAAGAUAACCUGUGAUAUGACAUGCUACGGUACUAAUUGGAACAUUUCUGAUGCCUGGGAGCCACCCGUCCUUAGUUUCUGCUUUGGUUACUCGCUGUGCUUUGUGAUUAAGUGAGCUGUUGUAAUCUCCGUACUAGCUUACAAGUUGGAAUGCAAAAUUGCUUGUGUCAAUGCUAUGUGUAGUUGUGUCGUGUGUACUACUUUGAAACGUCGGUCUAUGGUUGUAGAAGCUCUACUUUAUGCUAAUACUUGCUUGGUCCUUCAUAUCAAAGCUUGCAUGUACUGUAGAAGCUCUACUUUAUGCUAAUACUUGCUUGUGUAACAUUUUUCAUGGCAUACUUCUAAAUGGACAAGUACGUGCGACUUCCAGCGUCAACGAUGAUGCGGACCAUAUGUUCAACUGCAGCCCCAUCCAUUGCAUCGACACAAAGAUGUUUUGCAUCAGCCUGUCAUUGCUAAGGGAGAAGCGGGACUUGGAGAGGAAAUCUUUCCAUUAAGCAGAUUACAUGUUUGGUUGCUGUGAAGUACCAGAUAGGCUAGUUCUAUUUUUUUCACGUCCUGGAGUAUUUCAGCAGCGCCAUGCAAAUGCAUUAGCGUUAGGUUUCUGAUUCACCUUUUGUAAAAACUUAGUUAGCCCGCAGUCAGUCAGUAGUAGCUCAGCCAGCCAGCCAGCCUCAAAUAGUAUUGCUGGAAUGAAUGCUUGUAAUAUAAUAACAUUGCACGUUGCUUUGAAAAUGUAUGAGAACUGGGCUAGGCCUAAGAUAA